CUCCUGCAAUUCGGUCUGUGCAAAACUCUGAGCUUGUUGACUUGAAUAAGUAUAUUUUGCAAUCGUGAGCAGAGAAGAUACGGGCCCAUAUCAGAAUUUCGGCAUUUCCCCCUUAUUGUUAUUGUAAAAGGGUGAUGAGAGCCAAUCCAUUCCCUUCAGUGUUAUUUUGAAAGGGAAUACGAGCCUAUAUCAGAAAUCAGCAUUCCCUUUUACUGUUUUUCCGAAAGGGGGAUACGAACCCAUCUCUUCCUUUCAAUAAUAUUCUGAAAGGGGAAUACGACCUACAUUUUCCCUCCAGUGUUAUUCUGAAAGGGGGAUACGAGCCUAUCUCUUCCUUUCAGUAUUAUUCUGAAACGGAAAUGUCUGCCUAUAUCUUCCCUUCAAUUUUAUUCUGAAAGGGGGAUACGAGCCUACAUCAGAAAUCCAGCAUUCCCCUUAACUGUUAUUCCGAAAGGGGGAUACGAUUCCAUCUCUUCCCUUCAGUGUAGUUCCGAAAGUGGGGUACGAGCCUACACCUUUCCUUCAGUGUUAUCCUGAAAGAUGUCCGGCCAACAGCAGCAGUCCUUUCCUAAGUUUCCUAUCCUUCUCUUCGUAGUCGUAGUCACGGGGGUUAGCCUCUACAGAACCCUGGGCACAGUAAUGAACGAGCAGGUGACGCUACGGUUCCGUAACCCGCGCCCAGGUCCUCAGCAGAAACCGACGGAGGCGCUGAAGAGGCCUUCGGAGGCGUUGCAGAGACCCUCAGGGGCGAUGAAGAGACCGUCACCCUCGAGGACCAAUUGAAAAUGAAACCGAAGGUGGUUCUUUUCUGGACGUCUUGGUUCGGGGGUCCGUGGUCGGCCAAGAAAGGCGUCCUCACCAGAUUUGGCACCCAUUCCGUGGAAGAACUACGAGAGGACGGCUGCCCGGAGCCCAACUGCAUCUUCACCACAAGCAAGGCCAUGUUACCCCUCGCCGACGCUUUGCUCUUUGUCUCGCAGUACUUUCACCAGGGUAACUUCCCGAAAAUUCGCAUGCCCUGGCAGCGGUGGGUGUGGGCUGAGGUGGAGGCGCCGCUAACAGGGAGCACCCUUGCCAGACUCUCCGCCUCCAACCUGAGUCACCACGUCAACUGGACGAUGACCUACCACGAGCGAGCCGACGUGGUGGCCUUCUACGGAUAUUUUCGCUCGCUGAACACUACUCUCCAACCCGUGCGUCCAAACCUGAUCGAGAACCACAGCGUCGCCCUCGCCAAGUACCGGGAAGCGCUGGCCAGGAACACCACGCUGGAGGAGGUGAUGGGAGCCUCCUGGAGAAGCUACGUCAAGAGGCCGAAGGUCGUCGCUUGGAUGUCCAGCCACUGCCCGACCAUUUCGAGAAGGGAGGAAUACGUGCUAGAGCUGGCCAAGCAUAUUCCGGUCGACAUGUAUGGGAGAUGUGGUUCCCAAACAUGCAAGGUUAUGCAGCCGCUGCAUCCUGACUGCUGGGUCAAGGUCCUGAAAGACUAUCAUUUCUACAUGUCCAUGGAAAACAACCUGUGCGACCAAUACAUUACAGAGAAACUUUACAAUCCGAUGAGAUACCACCUUGUUCCGGUGGUUUGGGGAGGUGCUAAUUAUAGCCGAUUUUUACCCCCAAAUUCUUACAUUGAUGCGCGCAAAUAUCAUCCGAAAGAGUUGGCGGCCUUACUCCUGAAACUCACACAAGAUCCUGUUGCUUAUGGCAAAUACCAUGUGUGGAGAGGCUUCUGGGAACCGCGCGUGGGUGGGAGUCUGUGCGAGCUGUGCCAUCGCCUACAUACGGACACAGAGAUAAAACACCACGUCGAUAUUACGAACGAGAGACGAACCAACGGCCGCUGCAUCAGAGUGAAGAAAAACAUGUUCGGGCCGGACUCCACCUGGAAAGAAGUCAUCUACAACAACCAGACGGAGUCCACGGGAACCACAAAGGGCUUGUAGUAGUGAAUGAGUCAGAAUGCGUGUUGGAGGGAAGACGGUGUAGGUGAAUCGAAAACGGUCUGCGAAAUGGAAUGUCAUUUUCUUGAUCAUGGUUAAUUUUAUAUGAAUACUGAUGCAGUUUUUC